AUGGAUGGCGUUAGUAAGAUUAUUCUCGAUGGCCCAAAAGAGUUUGGGCUUAAAAACGUGAGCUCCCACCAGUCAAUAUCUGAGAUGGACGAUUAUGACCUCUCGAAGCUGCUCGAUAAGCCCAGACUGAACAUUGAGCGGAAAAGAUCAUUCGAUGAGAGGUCCCUUAGUGAGUUGUCAAUCGGUAUAUCGAGAGGCUUGGAAUAUUACGAAAGUUCGUAUUCGCCUGGAAGGUCAGUACUCGACACGCCAGCCUCGUCAGCCAGGAACUCUUUUGAGCCGCAUCCAAUGGUUGCAGAUGCUUGGGAGUCCCUCCGGAGAUCACUUGUGCACUUUCGUGGCCAGCCGGUUGGGACUAUAGCGGCCUAUGAUCAUGCGUCAGAAGAGGUUUUGAAUUAUGAUCAGGUUUUCGUUCGUGAUUUUGUCCCAAGUGCUCUAGCUUUCCUUAUGAAUGGCGAGCCGGACAUUGUGAAGAACUUCCUUCUGAAAACCCUUCAGCUUCAAGGGUGGGAAAAAAGAGUAGACAGAUUUAAGCUGGGUGAAGGGGUCAUGCCAGCUAGCUUCAAAGUGCUUCACGAUCCUGUUCGAAAAACAGAUACGAUCGUGGCUGAUUUCGGGGAGAGUGCAAUCGGGCGUGUGGCCCCGGUUGACUCUGGCUUCUGGUGGAUUAUUCUUUUACGUGCGUACACAAAGUCAACCGGAGACCAUUCUCUGGCCGAGACACCCGAGUGUCAGAAGGGGAUGAGGCUUAUCUUGGCCUUGUGUCUUUCCGAAGGCUUCGACACUUUCCCUACUUUGUUGUGUGCUGAUGGUUGCUCGAUGAUUGAUCGUAGGAUGGGCAUAUACGGGUACCCGAUCGAGAUCCAAGCGCUCUUCUUCAUGGCCCUCCGUUCUGCGCUCGUCAUGCUAAAGCACGACACGGAGGGCAAAGAGUUCAUCGAAAGAAUUGUGAAGCGGCUUCACGCCCUGAGCUACCACAUGCGCAGCUACUUCUGGCUCGAUUUCCAGCAGUUGAACGAUAUCUAUCGCUACAAAACAGAAGAAUAUUCCCACACGGCAGUCAACAAAUUCAACGUAAUCCCCGAUUCCAUACCCGAGUGGCUCUUUGACUUCAUGCCCACGAAAGGCGGUUACUUCAUCGGCAAUGUCAGCCCAGCCCGCAUGGAUUUUCGGUGGUUUGCUUUGGGCAACUGUGUGGCCAUUUUAUCGUCCUUAGCCACGCCUGAUCAGGCCUCGGCUAUUAUGGACCUUAUUGAGGAGAGAUGGGAGGAGUUAGUAGGAGAAAUGCCUUUGAAGAUUUGUUACCCGGCGAUCGAGAGCCACGAGUGGCGAAUCGUGACUGGCUGUGACCCGAAGAACACGAGGUGGAGUUAUCACAACGGGGGUUCUUGGCCAGUGCUUUUAUGGUUGCUAACAGCCGCAUGCAUCAAGACUGGACGCCCACAAAUAGCAAGAAAGGCGAUUGACCUUGCCGAAAGCCGUCUACUGAAGGACAGCUGGCCCGAAUACUAUGAUGGAAAAUUAGGAAGAUUUAUAGGUAAGCAAGCUCGAAAAUACCAGACAUGGUCGAUUGCUGGUUAUCUCGUCGCGAAAAUGAUGUUAGAAGACCCGUCACACUUGGGAAUGAUUUCCCUUGAAGAGGACAAACAGAUGAAGCCUGUUAUCAAGAGAUCCUCCUCGUGGACUUGUUGA